AGUACGAGACAAAUGUUGUUCUAAUAAUGGCAAUUUCAAGUGUCUAGUUGUAGAGGAGUACCAAGGCUAUCGCGUUUGAUCUGUCUGUGCUGAAACGCGGGAAAAUGAAAAUCGCGGCAAAACAAGCCCCUAAUUUAUACAUCAUAUUCGCUGGUUGCAAGUUGAACUUUCCUAUACUGUAGGUUUGUUUUCUAUGUAUAUCUGUGAUGUACUGAAUCAACUGCGUCAGAUUACAAUUACAAUUGGUUUGAAUACAUGAAAUUAAUAGGAUGCGGUUAUUAAUCCGAUUAUAGAUUAAAUAUAAGACUAGAAAUAGCCUCCUCAAUAAUUAAAUUGAAGUUUCUAAAAUGUUGAUCUUGAAAAGGCCUUCAUCUGGAAACAUGUCUUGUGAAGAAAUGUGUCUUAUGAGAAAUGAAAUCAUUCAUUAACUCUUAUGAAAACUAAUUAACAUUGCAAAAUGAAACCCAAUAAGCAAGUUCCUGGAAUUCAAAAUUAAUACAUUAGAAUUGGAAAUUAUUACAAAAUAAGUCAGUACUAUGUCAUCAGACUUAAUAGAGCAGAAUAGGUUGUACAAUAACUUAUCGCAAAUAAAUUUAUAAAAUUGGAAUGAAAUAUUUUUAAAUUGAGUGCUAAAUUACGUCACUACUACUCCCGGCAACCCCGAACUCUAAAGAUGUGGUGUAUCUAUAAAAGUAAUAAGCAUUAGUAAGAUGAGCUGUUAUUGGAAAGUCUUCAAGUCAAGAAACUCGGUUACUGCCGCAGAUAAGCUCCAACUUGAAGGGACUUGAUCCUGAGAGGAGGCGUUCAGGCAGUGAAAGCCGGUCGACAACCACCAACUUAAUUUGCAACAGAGGAAUAUGAUUAUCCCCAAUGUUUGUGCUAUCCUCUUUCUACUAGCCGUUUUCUCACAGGCUUCGCAUUCGACUGAAAUGACGGAAGAAAAGCAUCCAAGUAGAAUGAAACGACAAUCUUAUACCAACAAUGACGUGGGAAAUGCGUUCAUUGACAGCGUAUUCAAUAUUCCGAUUUCGACGUUGAAUGCGGUCGGUCAGUUGAUCAAGAACUCGCGACCGGUCGUUCAGGAGGUGCGACGCCGAGCAGAGCAGCAAUACAGCCAGUACCAGGAGAACCGACGCAGGACGUCGACAACCGUCCAAUACAUCGACCUGCGUCGCACGACGCCACGACCACGACGCAGAACAGCCGCCGAACUGGCCGCUAUUCGGCCCGCUUAUGAUGGCUCCGCCUACCGAAUAUAGACCCACUCUCUCACAUUAAUCUAUUGUAAAUAAGUUUAUUAAGGCUGUGCAAAGGCUAAAAAUAAGCAUGCUACUCGUGAUAUUUUUCAAAGUUCUCCAAUCUGUAUAUCAUCAAGCUAUCAAAAUG